AUGCGCCUCGCUAUCCACUGGCUGUUCUCCGGCUGUCUUCUGCUGGGGAUUUCGAUUUGGGCCUGGGGACAGGAACAGAAGCAUGAAAAGGUUCCUGGUAAGGAUUUGCUCAUCCCAUCUGCUCUGGGCAAUCUGGAAAAUGAGUUGAACACCAGACGACUGUCUAGUGCCAUAGGUUAUUUGACCAGGAGCUACAUUGCUACAAGAAUUAACACCCUAGUCAUCCGCCAGAGCUGUCUGCAGUGUUCCCAUGACCUGGCCCAUCGUCAGCGACAGCUCGUUGACCAGAUCCUGGAGAGCCUUCCCCCUGAUCUUGCUGUCCUGCUGCACAGUGGCACUCCGGAGGAGACCUCCUGGGACUACACCCUCUUUGUGGUCAGAGACUACACCGCUUUCCAAGGUCAUGUGUUUAACUUCUCCGACGAGUGGUUGGAGCGCGAGUUCUUUUCCGUGGUGGUGGUGACGGAGUUCCAGAGUCCGGAAACUAUUAACCAGACCGUUGGUCGAAUCAUUGCCCUUAAUCUGCGAAUGUUGUUCGUCAAUGUGGUGGUGGUGGCCCAAAUGGAGGACGGCACCGUGUCCACCUACAGCUAUAAGCUCUUCAAGACGAACUGCAGACCUGGCAUAACGGUUCGUCGGAUUAAUCAUUUUGAUAGGAUCACCGGUAAACCAAUGCAGGAUAUGCCCGAUUUGUAUCCAGUGCGUCAUGGCCACCUUGGGGAUUGUCCACUGAAUGUGGGCGCCAAUCACUUGCCACCGCAUUUCAUGUACAAGCGGCACAACGAUCUACCACCAAUCAACGAGACAAUUCCAGCGCAGGAUCUUUCCGGGAUUGACUGGGAUCUACUUCAACUGCUGGCCAAGGCGUUACGCUUUCAGAUCCGUCUCUAUAUGCCCCACGAGCCUAGCCAGAUCUUUGGCGAGGGCAACGUUUCCGGCUGCUUUGCUCAGCUGGCGGAUGGAAGUGUGGCUAUAGCCGUCGGUGGUUUGAGUGGCUCGGACAAACGCCGCUGGCACUUCUCCAGGUCGACGGUGUACGAUCAGAAUCAUUUCGUGAUGGUGGUGCGUAGGGAAAGGUAUCUUGGUCGCUUUGGACCGUUGAUCCUGCCGUUUCGUGGCAAAGUUUGGGGUGUGAUUAUCACGAUCCUGGUGCUGGCGGUGGUAAGUACCUGUGGUCUCCGAUCACGUUUGCCUAUUAGCCAUCCUUUGGAGAAUCUGUACUUGGUGAGCAUUGGCAAUCCGAUACCCGAUAACCGGCUACCUGGUACAGGAUUCCUGCGUUACCUUCUAGCAAGUUGGCUACUGCUCACUUUGGUGCUGCGGUGUGCCUAUCAGGCGCGACUCUUCGAUGUCCUUCGCGUCUCUCGUCAUCGUCCGCUGCCCGAGGAUAUCGGUGGCUUGAUCAGGGAGAACUACACCCUAGUAUCGAAUGGCUAUCAUGAUUUCUAUCCACUGCAUCUUACCCAUCGCCUGGGCGAAUCAUUUUCAGCCCGAUUUGAACGGGUCCAGAGGUCGGCAUCGAGCGAAAGACUCACCACAAUCUCGCUGAUGAGCAAUCUGGCCUAUUGGAAUAAUAAGCAUCGGAACACCAGCCAACUAACUUUCAUUCGCAAACCAAUCUAUAUAUACCAGUUGGUCAUCUACUUUCCCAGGCGAUCCUUUCUCCGUCCGGCCGUGGAUCGUAAGAUAAAACAGCUUCUGAGUGCCGGGGUGAUGGCUCAUAUCGAACGAAAGUAUCUGCAGUUUGCGGACAAAGAUAAUGUUGCCGCCAAUGAUCCAGAUCUUCUGCUGGGGAUUACCAACAAAAUCAUGGCCGGGGCCUAUCGCAUUCAUGGACUUGUGAUUGUCCUGGCCUUUGGGAUAUUCCUUCUGGAACUUCUCUCAAGGCGAUGGGAUGGCAGACUUCGCCGCUGGCUGGAUUGGGUGCAUCAGUCUUAG